CUCCGAUUACCAGCCACGAAGAUAGCCGCCCCCGGGCCGGCCGAGCGGCGCCGUGCGGAAAACCGCGGCCGAGGGGCACUGCCGGGGCUGGGACUCGCGGGGUGCCGCCGGCAGAGCCACGGGUGCUGCGGGAGCCGGGGCCAUGGCACUGCUCUGCUACAACGCGGGCUGCGGGCAGCGCUUCGAUCCCGAGCGCAACUCCCCGGACUCCUGCGUGUAUCACCCGGGCGUCCCCAUCUUCCACGAUGCCCUGAAGGGCUGGUCUUGCUGCCGGAAACGCACGACCGACUUCUCCGAGUUCCUCGCGAUAAAGGGCUGCACGCAGGGGUAUCACAGCACCGAGAAGCCCCCCGCGCCGCCCGGCCAAGAGGAGAGCUCGGGCGAGCCGAAGGCCAAGCCGGCGGUGGAGCUCAUCCUCCAAGGACCAGCGUCAGCGGAGAAGAUGCAGCGGGAAAGACCGAGCUCGGAUGAGCCGAGGCAGCUCCUGCCAGUCAAAGUAUCCCGGUCUCUGGAGCAGGCGCUGGAGAAACUGGACCUGUCUGCCAAGGAUGAGGCACCCAAGGGCAACAGUGGGGAGGCCGCUUCCCCGGUGAAAGCUGGCACCGCCUGCAAGAACGCGGCCUGCAAGGCGAUCUACCAGGGGCCAGAGAGCAACGCAGGGACCUGCACUUUCCACCCCGGAGUCCCCGUCUUCCACGAGGGGAUGAAGUACUGGAGCUGCUGCGCGGUCCGAACGACGGACUUCGGCGCCUUCCUGGAGCAGCCGGGCUGCAGCACCGGGCGGCACUGCUGGGCGGAGAAGGGGGACAAGAAGGCGGUGUCCUGCCGGCAGGACUGGCACCAAACCGGCAGCCGCGUGGUGGUGACCGUCUACGCCAGGAACCCGCUGCCAGCCCUCAGCACCGUCAAAGCCAACCGCACCGUGCUUGAGGUUCACGUCGUCUUUGAGGGGAAUAAGGUUUUCCAGGCAGAACUGGAUCUCUGGGGGGUGAUCGACACAGAGCAGAGCUUCGUGAGCAUGGUCCCCACCAAGGUGGAGAUCACGCUCAGCAAAGCCAGCCCUGUGCCCUGGGGCAGGCUGGAGCUCCCCCCGAGCAGGGCGCGCUCCCGCGGGGAGCAGGCGGAGGAGGACGUCGCCAGCGUGGAGGAGCCCACGGGAGCCCAGGGGGACGACUCGGACGACAGCUUGAGCUGGUCAGAGGAGGAAGAUGAGGAGAUGGAGAUGGGAACACCAAGCAACUGAUGUGCAAGUGCUCCAGCAGAGGAGAGGUGCCAGCUUCCUCCCGUACGUGUUUUCCCGAGGUGCCCGGGGGCCGUGGCACCACCUCCGGUGGAGCAGACCGAACCUCCCAGACCAAGCCGAGCGCCGCGUGUGCGGCUGCAGGGCACCCUGCCCCUGGCUGAAAGGACAAGCAACAAAACCACAGAGCAAAGGUUAUAGUCCGAUAUCCCUCAUAGGUGCUUAAGAAACAUCAGCGGGACGAGCCCCCCGGUCUGUCUCUCCCUUCUCCUGCCGCCGACCAGGGCAGGACGAUGGAGGAGCCUCACUCUGCGCGGGAGGCAGCUCACACCCAUGCUGGGUCCCUUCUGGACCUGCAUGGUCAGAGACUAGCUUUAACCCGGACCUCUCGCGUCCGCCUUCCCUGCCUCCCUCCGUCUCAUGAGCCUGGGAGGUGUUUGGACAGAGGUGAUGUCCAUGUGCAGGAGGGAAAUUUUUGUUGCUGCCUGUGGCAUUCCCGGGGGUUUUUGACUAAGCCCUUCAUAAAGCUGUUUGUAGAAGUGAAGCUGCCACGGGGUAAGAGGUUAAUAACUGAUGAGAAGACAGGAAACAGAGGUCGACUGUUGUAACGGAGGGGGAGGAGACUGGCAGGGGGAAAUUCCCAACCAUUUCUGCUGUUUAACAUGUUCCACAGAGCUGGGAAGGUGGAUGGAAAAUGACGUGUACUGUUUGCUGAUUGUGCGAAAAAGUUCAGCUAUUACUAAAUUACCGCCGAUCGCAAGCAUGACGCGUGCGGGGAGCGUGCACUUCGCACAGGCGGGUGCCCG